AUGCUCAACUGGAAGCCAUGUGACCUAGACCUCUCUGACGAGAUCAAGGCUGCCAUGAGAGAACGUGGGUACUGCGCCACACUCGAGGUUCCAUUGGACUAUACCAACCCCCAAUCCGACAAGACCGUUGAGCUCCAGUUGAUCCGCUUCAAUGCUACCAAAGAGCCAUUCAAGGGCAGUGUCCUGUGGAACCCCGGUGGUCCUGGAAUUUCAGGCAUUGAGACAUUUGCUACUCUUGGGCCAGACUUUCGCGAUCUCGCUGACGUCUAUCAAAGUAUCAUCGGCGGCCAUCACCAUGCGAUUUCUUUUGAUCCUCGUAAAUUGCCUCAAGCCGACCUCUGGUCCUAUAUCAAAAACCAGAAGUGGGCCGAGCUCUCAGCUAUUGCCGAUGCCUGCUAUGCCACCCAGCAGGAAUAUGGCCGCUACAUCAGCACCGCCUUUACGGCUCGUGACAUGAUGAAGAUUGUCGAUGCCCUCGGCGAGGAUGGCAAGUUGAGAUAUUGGGGUAUCUCAUACGGCACCAUCCUGGGUCAGGUCGUUGCUUCUCUGUUUCCAGAUCGGAUCGGACGACUGCUGCUCGAUUCCAAUUCUCUUGCCGAUUCAUACCUGACAGCCACUGGGAUCGGUGGUCCUCGCGAUGCUGAAAAGUCUCUGAUGUACAUGUUCUCCGAAUGUGUCAAGGUUGGGCCAAAGACUUGCCGACUUGCCAACUACGCUGGUCGCCGUACCACCGUUGAAGAUCUACGAGAAGCAGUUGAGGACCUCUUCCAGAAGCUGACAGAGAUGAAAAAUCUCCCAGCUGGUCUCUCCAAGGAGGAGUACCCAUCCGGAGGCAACUCUGUCCUGGCGCGGCUCAAGUUGCUCAUUGUCGAGGGCCUGUCCAGUCCUGGCGGGUACCCCAAGGUUGCGACAAUGCUAUUCCAAGCACUUAACGGCCGCUGGAAGAAGGCUCUUGCCGUUGAGGAGACACCAGCGUCAGAAUGGAACCGAGGCACUGAGGCAUUCGCCGGAAUUGCGUGUUCCGAUUCUUCCUUCCGAGUGCAGGAUCCUAAUGAUCUUUACCCUAUGUACCGAGCACACCUCGCUGAGAGCUCUAUGGGAGAUGCCAUCGCUGCUGAUUAUCUGGGUUGUGGUGCUUGGCGCUUCCAGGCUGCGGAGGGCGUUGAUACUGACAAGCUUCGAAACGUUAACACUAGCUUCCCGGCUCUUAUCAUCAACGGCGCAUAUGAUCCUGUGACAUCGUUGACCCAUGCCUGGCAGGUCUCUUCCAGAUUUAAAGGAAGCCGUAUGCUUGUGCACGAAGGAGUUGGUCAUGGAGUCACCUACCAUGCUUCAAAUUGCACCUUGGAUGCAAUCGCCACCUACUUCCGUGAUGGUGUUUUGCCCGAAGUUGGUGCUGUGUGCAAGCCCAACAUGUUGGCGUUUGAGUAUGCAAAGUUGAUUAGUUAG